UAAAAAACGGAUCGAAACGAACGGAAUUUAUCCCGUCCGUUUUCAUCCCGACUUGCGAUCUCGCUGGCCCUGUAAUUUCUGAGCUUGUUGGCGGUAGGGGGUGGGGAAGUGAUCGGUCGUUGGUCAGUAAGAGGAUAACGCCACCCGCCGCAUCCUGCACGCACGGCGGAAGGGAGCCGCCGCCGGCGGCUUCUCCCGCCCAAGACGAUUUCUCUCCCUGGAUUUGCAGGCUUGUUUUUGGUGGAAAUGUGUUUGUAAUGGCAAGCGAAGAACACACAGUGGUGCAUUAUGUGGAGAAGCCUGACACAAGGAUCCCACCAGAUUUCAUUGAGGAGAUACUUCUCAGGCUUCCCAUAAGCUCUCUUCUUAAACUGCGCAGAGUCUGCAAGCAAUGGCGCAACAUGAUCAGCGACCCCCACUUCAUCAUGGAACAUGCCUAUCGUGCACCUAAACACCUCCUCCUUUACUUGCCUAAAGUGGAUUUACCGGCAUCCCUCUGUUCCAAGACUCUCAAAUGCCGUGCAACGAUCAUUGAUGAGAAAUGGUCUCCAUGGACAUGGGCAGCAUUGCAUAUGGACCCUGACGAUCACCUCUUUGCAUCAUGCAAUGGUCUGCUUUGCUUCUACAAGACAUACACACUGAAGAUAGCCAAUCCUGCAACAGGUCAAUGCUUGCAUCUCUUGAAACCUGACGGGAUAAUGUUGCACGACUUCCACUAUCUAUACAGCUUUGGAUUUCACCCGACGAGUAGAGAAUACAAGCUUGUGCACUUUCUCCGUGAGCCCCAGCGCUAUAAAUCAGGACAACCUUUCCAUUUCAACACCAUUCAAGUGUACACCCUUGGCGAAGACAAAUGGAGAGAUAUAAGAGUGCCGAGACCAUGCUGCAUGGUGAAUCUUGGAGUUGUUACCGUGGAUGGGUCAAUGUAUUGGCUAACAGAAGAUGAAGAAACAGGCUGUGGCAUGUCAGUCGCAUCAUUUGAUCUCAGGGAAGAAACAUUUGCAUCGAUUCAACUUCCACCAUUUGAGGUAAAAGAGAUAGCCUCUUGUGCCACCCCCAAAAUCGCUUGCUAUAUAACUGAGAUAGACGGGAAGGUAUGUAUCGUGACUAUACCAUACCAAAGCCAUAUACCAAGGUGGCGCCGCUACAACACAGAGCUUUCUGGUAGGAUGGAUAUUUGGGCUCUUGAAAGUCAGACUGAGCACAAGUGGUUCCUGAAAUAUAGCAUCCAAUCACCAUCUGUACACCGGUAUGUACCUCAGCCAUGCUUCAUCCACAGGGAGAGGAUCAUACUACAGGAUCGGGACGGUAAUGCGUGGUACCAUGAUUUGGCUGGCAAGAACGUGCAGAUUGAGCACAGAGAGGAGGUGAAGCUUUUAGACAUAGGAGCCUACAGAUUCUAUGAGACGCAGUCCUACUUCUACAAGGAGACACUUAUUCCUUUGAGUGUAUAUGCAGGGGCAGCCAUUGUUUGUGCACCGCCUCGGCCUCUUGCUCCUCCAGUUGCUUGACAUUAGUUUGAUUGUACAAGGUCUGGCAGCAUAUGUGCCUCAUACAUAAAUCCUGGUGUAAUUUUUAGAGUAGACUUUUAAGCAGUCGGCUAUUGUUAAGAUCUGUCAAAGGUUCAGCUGUUUUCAAUGCUCCUGUUGCUUUUGUUUCUUUAUUCAACGUUUGUAUAUUAAGGGC